CUCCUCGUCCCAACUUCAGUGGUGCAUCGGCCACAACUACUGGCACCUCGAUUCCACUUCAGGGCCAAGCUGAGGGAAGGCCGGGGAACCUUGAAGCUCAUACGCCAGCCUUGAUCCUGCAGGGCGUCUAGAAACAAAAAGAUAAUUCUUGUUGUCGUCGCAGGCUUGUGUGUGUGCCAGUGUGACUCGGACGCCCUCGCCCACCGUCGUUGAUCCUUGUGCCCGGGGUCGGUCCAGGACUUUCUUUUUGUCGUUUGUCUCUUGAUAUCAUAUCGUGGUCGCUCUCUUUACCGUCAAAAUGGCCACCAGUUCCAGCAGCAACACGUCGAAACCAAGUUCGACUUCGGCAUCACUGUCAUUAUUACACGGGCCCAAAACACCACCUCUAUCAACCCAAACACUGCGCGAGUUGAUCGACGAACAAGCCAGCAAAAAUGGCAGCCGAGUCGCAUGCGUCUUCUCCUGGCAGAACCACAACAUGACCUUCCAGCAUCUAGCGGAGCGGAGCAAACUGCUGGCGAAAGCCAUGCUGGAAGCCGGCCUGAAACACGGCGAUUGCGUCGGCAUCAUGGCGGGCAAUCGCUACGAGUACAUUGAGACCCUGUUGGGCGCCGCGCGCAUCGGGUGUCCUUUUGUCGUGUUUAACAAUACGUAUACGGCGCCGGAACUGUGUGCUGCGCUGAAAGUCAGUGCAUGCAAACUGGUAUUCCUAGCACGGAACAUUGGCAAAAAGUCACUAUCACCACACAUCCAAGCGGCAUGUGGCAACGACGAGGGCCUAUCAGAACUGAAACGAGUGGUUCUUCUUUCGACAGACAACCCAACAGAUAUCUCCUUCAACUCAUCAGUGCGAGAAACGCAACUAUACAAAGCGUUCGCCGACAACGGCAACUCCAUCUUCAUGAACGACGCCACUUUGCGACGAGCAGAACGCAAAGUCAAGAACAGCGACGUGCUCAAUCUCCAAUUCACGUCCGGAACCACGGGGGCACCGAAAGCAGCGAUGCUGACACACUUCAAUUUGAUUAAUGACGCACGGUUUUUCGGCGACGGACUCCAUUUGACACCGGAGGACGUGGUGUGCUGCCCGCCGCCACUGUUCCAUUGUUUCGGAUUGGUGAUGGGGUUCUUGGGCUCAUACACGCAUUCCAGCACGAUUGUGUUCCCCUGCGACCAAUUCGACGCCGAUCUGGUGCUGGACGCUCUGGUCAAAUACAAGUGUACGGCCCUGCUGAGCGUGCCGACCAUGUUUAUCGCGGAGAUGGAAGCGAACCGGAAAAAGGGGUACAAGAUCGACACGUUGCGCGUCGGAUUGGCCGCGGGCUCGACCGUCCCCGCGCCAUUGAUGAAGGAGUUACAGCGCGAAUUGGGCGUGCAAAAGACUUUGAUUGCUUACGGUAUGACUGAGACCAGUCCCGUCACGUUCAUGACUCCUCUCGAAGACCCGGAUGAACUGCGCGCUACUACUGUUGGUAAGAUUUUCCCUCACACUUCGGCAAAGAUCAUCGACAAGAAUGGCGAUAUCGUGCCUCGGGGAGUUCCUGGCGAGCUGUGCACGGCCGGCUUUGCUUUGCAAAAGGGAUACUGGCGCAAUGAAGAAAAGACCGCAGAGGCUAUGAAAGUGCACAAGGAUGGCAUUCGCUGGAUGCAUACUGGUGAUGAAUGUGUCAUUACUGAAGAUGGUCAUUGUGUCGUUACGGGUAGGAUCAAGGAUUUGAUUAUCAGAGGCGGCGAAAAUAUCUCUCCCGUCGAAAUCGAAGAUCGACUCCUGGAGCACGAAGCCAUCGCCGAGGCAUCUGUUGUUGGAAUCAAAGACACGCGAUACGGAGAGGUGGUCGGCUGCUUUCUGAGACUGCACAACGAGGUCCCGCGGCGGCCGAACCAGUCGGAGAUCUUCCAGUGGUGCAGACAGCGGUUGGGAUCGCAUAAGGCGCCCCAAUAUGUCUUUUGGAUCGGUGAUCCAGGCGUCGGAGAGGACUUCCCAAAGACCGGCAGCGGCAAGCACCAGAAGCAUAAGCUGCGAGAUUUGGGGAACAAGUUGGUCGAGGGCAAGAAGCCAGAGUUGAAGGCAAAGUUAUAGUCGUAAAUAGAUCAUAUACAAGGUUGGACACACUACUACAACGUUGUAGAGCACUGGAGAGAAGGGAUCAUUCAGAUGUUGAACGCCCA